GUGAGUCACAACUGUGAAUUAUCUUGGAAAGUAGCAAAAUUGGCAGAGGAACAGUGAAUGUCUUGGUGAAUAUAACAUCUUAAGCCUGUACGAAAGAUUUAGUAAAUAUUCGUCAUCCAGAUGGCCAAUCGACUUCCCCCAGAGAACUACCUUCUCAACGCCUUUCUUCUGGAAAUUGCCGAGGAAAUAACCGAUGGUGAUCUUCACAAAAUGAAAUCACUUCUCAAAGGUCCUGGUGGCAUUGGACGUGGUAUUUUAGAACGCAUCUCAAACACAAUGGACUUCUUUGAUAAACUCCAGACCACUGGGCUUGUGACGGGCAAUGACAUUGUGGUUCUACAGGCACUGUUGUGGAACAUCGGCAAGAAAGACGUGUACGAAAAGAUGGUACAGUUUACAGAUCAGUAUGGAGAUAUUCUACAUAUCUCCUCCCCGAAUCCAGAGCCAGCUGGCAUGUUGGCCAGGAUGAAACAUUGGAUGUAA